CUGUUACACCUCUCAACGGUCUUGCACUUCUAUCUUAUUCGCUUUUUUCAUUGCAGCAACAUCAUGGCAAAAGAGGACACCCUCAUCACAGCCAAGGUUUUUUUGGAGGAUGCCGUGUAUCUGAAGGACCAGCCAGAACGGCUUGGCUUGGUCGUUAAAACAUGGCACGAUUUCGAUUCAGGGGAGAGCGACACCGAGGACGAAGAUUCUCUGGAACUUCAAAAAGUCACUGUCCAUUGGGCUGAUGGUGCUGCUCCACAGACAGUUCACGAGGACGACCUUGUCGUUGCAGACCGCUCUUUCAGCCAUGGUGACGUUGUCAAGCGUUCUCCGAACGACAUCAUGUCCGGAACUGUUAUCGGCGUCAAGGUCGAGCUGGACCUGGAAAAAGUCUGCCCGCCCAUGACUCGAUUUUCUGGCAUCGAUGCCACGCACGUUGACUUUGUUCAGCAAUUCGUGGUCCACAAUCAUAUCAUCUACGAUGGUUGGCUUGGAGUGAUUGAGGAGGUAAAGGACGAAGUGACAGUGCUAUUCAGUGACAACAGUGUAUGUGUAAUCAAGGACUCGGAUGACUUGGACCUUUGGGACCAGAUCCACGACCAGUCCUGCUUCUUUCCGGAUAGACUUGCCCCAGGCCAUGCUGUUUGCGGGCCAUCGCGUGUGUUCAAGAACGCGGAAUUCCUGAUUGGGACCUAUGCUUCCCAGAAGCAUGGAUACGUGCUGAGGACGGAAAUCGUCUCCAUCACUGUGGACUGGCUCUCAUUCAACCCAUUGGCACUGGAUCAAACACCUGGCGUCGCUCCGCCGCCGAGAGUCCUCGAUGACUUUGAAAAUGUUAUCGUCUACAAAAGUGUGGAACAGCACUGCACAUAUGAAUUACAGGACCGUGUCAAGAUUACGGAUCCCGAGACUUUACGAGCGCUGGGACUGAAGGAGUACUGCCCGUAUUUGAGUAGCAAACCAAGACGGUUGCAAUGCCCCGAUAAGACACACAACCACGCGGCCAAAUUUGCUACAGAAGAAAUGAAAGUUGUUGGGACAAAGACUCGUGUUAUCGUGCAGUGGCAGGACCUCUCGAUUACAGAAGACGAGCCCUCGACAUCCCUGAUUCCGUACUUAAAUAUUGAUGAUCAAGACGUCUGGCCAUCGGAUUAUGUCCUAUUGAAAACCGGAGAAGUCAUGGUGGAUCAACCGGGAGGCGUCAACUUUGACAGGAAAAAAUCAGAUAUGCUUGGCAUCAUUCAGUCUGUUAAUGCCAAGGAACGCACAGCUCUAAUCAAGUGGUUCAGCGAAGAGCGCGAUCAAGGGCUUGAGCAGGAAGCAGAGGAGUUUUCGUUGUAUGAAAUCAUGUCGCAUCCAGACCUCAAAUUUACGAUGGGCAAUAUGGUCGUUGUGAGUCGAGAGCGUGAACAGUCGCCAUCCUCCGAUAUCGCGCCCAGAGCACCAAGCGUUGAUGACAUUUUAUUGCUGGUCGGUCGAGGAAACGAGAUAUUCAACGAGCUGGUGCAGGAGCGGAGUCGUCGAAGGAUGUUAUCUUCUACCGAGGCUAAUGAUCCGAGGGCAAUCGAGAGACGUGGGAGCGUCCUUCUGGAUCGUUAUGGAGUUGAAGGAGUCGAAGCAUUGGACCGAUACCUUUCGGAGACCAAUAAAAUGGCGGCGAAGACGGUCUACUGGUUAGUGGACCGAGGUAAUCCUCUGAAGCCGCCCGUUCCCAGUGACAUUCUGUCCAGCUUGCCAGAGCAUGAGAAGGAUCUUGAGACCAUUCGCCCACGGCUGAAUUGGGUCGGACAAAUCUGGAAGGUGUAUCAGGAUCGCCCCGCAGCACUCAUUCGCUUCAUGGAUGGGACGUCGGAGGAAAUUCCUGUCGGAAGGAUUAUGGUCGUAGACGACGAGGAUGAUGAUGACGAAGAUGAGGAGGAGGAUGCGGAUGACGAAGAGUUUGAAGAAUACGACUUUGACCACGACAGUACUGAGGAAGUCUCCUCCGACGACAGCUGGGAAACGGAUUCCGAGGCAGAGAAUGAAUCAGUGGAAGAUACCGAAGAUCAGAAAGCGCCCAAAGAAACCGAAGACAAGGAAGAUUUGGCCCAUGCUAAAGUGGGGGCAUCGCCGGAAACUAUCGAGCCUGUGGAUCCAAAGACGACAGUCGGGGAUCAGGAGUCAAUUUCAGAACCUGAAAUCCAGGAUCCUUUGCCUGAACCCGAAGAUAUCGCAUCGAUUGGCCAGAAUUCUCCAGCAAAUUUGGCACGCUCAGCGCAGGAGCACCGUGACUGGAAGAGUUUUGCGGUUUUAGAUGCGACACCUGCCGAUCAUCACUUCUUAAACCAUCGCCAUGAUAUUCAACAGAGCGAUAGGGCAUGGAUCAAGCGCAUCGCCAAGGAGCAUGCCAUUCUCUCAUCAUCCCUCCCAGACGGAAUCCGUGUUAGAGCGUUCGAGGACCGGAUGGACUUACUGCGGGUCUUGAUUCAGGGGCCCGAUCAUACCCCUUAUCGCAACGCAUUGUUCCUGUUUGACUUCAAGUUGACCAGCCAUUUCCCGAGUCAGCCUCCGGUUGCCUUCUUCCAUUCUUGGACAGGAGGCAUCGGAAGAAUCAAUCCAAAUUUGUAUGAAGAUGGCAAUGUGUGCCUGAGUCUUUUGAACACAUGGCAUGGUAAGGAUCAGACAGAGACAUGGACUCCCAGUUCCAGCAUUCUACAGCUGCUGAUCUCCUUACAAGGCCUUGUGCUUGUUCCUAACCCAUACUAUAACGAAGCUGGGUUCGAAAAAUUUGUUGGGACGCAAGAAGCUGCUCGGAACUCGGAGCUCUACAACGAAAAGGUCUAUCUCUUGUCUUUGAAGACCAUCCAAACCAUUUUGAACAACCCUCCAUCACCCUUCCAGAAGGAGGUCCGACACUUUUAUUUCGACGAACAGAAACUGGAGCACACAGUGAUUGAAGGACUGGAACUAAUUGCUCGGUCGGAAGCGGCUGCUGAAACCGAGAAUAUGGACAGUAAUAAGAAUCAGAACAAUACUAGCAAUAGCAUUAUUAAUACUACGCCGGACAAUGACCCGACUUUUGAAGCAGAGCCAGGUCUUGUGAUCAAAAGGAUUAGCAAAGGAGCUCUCAAGAUGCUCAAGAAGCACAUCGACACUCUCAGUCUUUCUCUCGAGGAGUAAUAAAGUAUUAGCUACACGUGACACCAACGUCUAUAAAUACUG